AUGAUUUAUGGAAUAUGUAAAUCAUUACAUAUCGAAGAUGACAGAGUUUGUAAAGGAGUUGUCCAAGAAUUUAAGUCGGAAUUCUUUAAUGUCCUCAACAAUGUGACAUUGUCUUCUGAUGAAAUCUGUGGAAUCGUUGUUGGUCGUCAUUGUGCUUCAUCAAAGGAUCUCUAUGAUGAUUGGAAUGUGACCUUUCCAAAGAUACCCAAACCACCUGUCAUCCCUCCAAAGCCACCAAAGAUAAUGAAGAUUGUCCCAAAUUCAUGUACUUGUGAUUAUUCUCUCACUAUCCACCUUUCUCACUUCUCUUGCUCUUUCACUAAUCUUCUCUCUCUUGUCCCUUUCGUCCCUUUUCGCUCCUCUCUCUUGUCCUUCGCUUGCUCCUCCUCUCUUGUCCCUUCGCGCGUGCUCCUCUCUCUUCGUGCUCCUCUCUCUGUCCCCUUUCGCGUGCUCCUCUCUCUUGUCCCUUCGCGUGCUCCUCUCUCUUGUCCUUCGCCGUGCUCCUCUCUCUUGUCCCUUUGCGUGCUCCUCUCUCUUGUCCCUUUUCUCUUGUCCGUGCUCCUCUCUCUUGUCCCUUUAAGCCGUGCUCCUCUCUCUUGUCCCUUUUCGCGUGCUCCUCUCUCUUGUCCCUUCGCGUGCUCCUCUCUCUUGUGUCCCUUUACGUGCUCCUCUCUCUUGUCCCUUCUCUCUUGUCCUUUCGUGCUCCUCUCUUGUCCCUUUUCGCGUGCUCCUCUCUCUUGUCCUCUUUGUCCCUGCUCCUCUCUCUUGUCCUUUUCUGGUGCUCCUCUCUCUUGUCCCUUUCGCCCGUGCUCCUCUCUCUUGUCCCUUUCGGGCGCUGCUCCUCUCUUGUCCCUUGUCCCUCCUCUCUCUUGUCCCUUUUCUCUCUCUCUUUGUCCCUUUCGCCGUGCUCCUCUCUCUUGUCCCUUUCGCCGUGCUCCUCUCUCUUGUCCCUUUCGCCGUGCUCCUCUCUCUUGUCCCUUUCGCCGUGCUCCUCUCUCUUGUCCCUUUCGCCGUGCUCCUCUCUCUUGUCCCUUUCGCCGUGCUCCUCUCUCUCUCUCUCUCUCCCUUAUGCACUUCUGUCAGCCUUCUUUUCCACCAUAA